AGUAGCUUGGACACCAAGGUUAUUACUGGCUUCAGCCUUCAUAUUUCGUCCAUGUCUUAUGUCUGAAGGGUCGUCUAUAUUGUCUUCAGGGCCUAAAAGACAGUACGGCACUCUUGAAUGUACUACAACUUCCCAUAAUGCCCACAGGAUCUACACUGUUAAACCUGGGGAUACUCUUGUUUCAAUCGCAGUAAGAAAUGGCACAACAGUUCAGCGAUUAAGGUGGAUUAAUCGCUUAUGGAGCUCUGAUAUAUCCAAUAUAACUACGCUAAAAGUUCCUGUGAGAUCUCACUCUGAGUCACAUAAUCUCACUCCGACGAAUUCGAUUGAGUUGUGUCCUGUCAAAAAGAAGUUUGAACCAGAUAAUGAAGAUGUAGUACAACUUGCUUCCGCUAGCCUUUAUUUCAAAGAACUUUCAGAAAGAGUGGAAAAAGCAAAGGAAGCUGCAUCCCGUUGUUUAGAGAAAAGCAGAAAAUUUUUUUGUUUUGUUGCUGUACACUAGGAAGCAAAUUUGUUACUUGAUUGUCGCGCAGCCAGUACUUGAAGCUUAUAGAUAUUAUUCGCUUGCCACUUUUGAUAAAAGGGAGUGUUUUUUUAAUACCUUAUGCAAUAAAAGUUCAAGAAACGAAUGAGUUUCAUUGAUCUCUUACUUGCAUGUUCCAGCUAGCAGGAUGCUGUGAAAGAACUUCUUUCCUUUCUAUAAUAAUUAGGACACUUUAAGCACACAAGUUCCGAGAAAAAAUGGAAGUUUAGUCAAUAAAGGGAUUGAGGUUUACUUUGAUUGGAUGAACGUGUCGUCUUAAGCAGACCUCGAAGAUCUCAAGGUUGCUUAGCAAAAAACCAUUGGAAGUCAAACAAGCUAACCAAAGGAGAUAUACUUUAUUGUGAUGAUUUUUGUUAGCGAAAGCUGUAGGUAAGUAUCUUGAAGGGAAUUGUCUUGCGCUUUCAAGUUGAAAUACCAUCUCUCGUUCUGUUUAAUUCUAAUUAACUGUGUCAGCAGAUUUUGGUGGCAAUUCCAAGCUCCCUUUGAUGUAAACCCUGCAACGUUGACUUGCUUUUUCAUAUUUACUAACGAAAUUAACAAUCCUCUAAGGAAAGCGGCAAAAAACAGGAAGACCUAUACUUGUGGAGCUGUGCUUCAUCAGUCCAAGUACCUGGUCUUCAGCCCGUGGAUCAUGGGUUCACAUUCAACUUCUCAUUCUGAGGUCUAAGCGAACAGAUGAAAAGCAUUAGCCUUCAUGCAGCAGACGUAGAUCAUUUCCCGGUGCACAUGUCUACAUGUGGUUACAGCAUAGUUACAGUAGCUGUACUAAGUAACUGAAGGAAAGCUACAAACAUGACAGUUGACAAUUCACUUAGCAAUUAUUUGAUGAACACAGUAAUUUAUGAUGGUUUGUCUAGUUAUCUUAGGUAGGGUUAGUGACUACAAAUCAAGUAUGCCAUCAAGUUGUGAUGAACAAACAAGUUUUCGCUGAGUUCUUGCGUUAAAAUUAUUGUACUAAGUUGAAAUAUAAUGUGAGAAAUGUACAUCACAAAAGUGUGCGAACUGUGAGUUUCAGGACACUAAGAUACUUCGCACAUUAAACAAAAUUCAUUUAACUCGGUUUCAAACUGGCGAACGUCAUAUACAGCUGAUUGGAUCUUCAUAAAUUAUAAGUAACCUGAUUCCGACUGUCUGUUUAGGGUCGAGUGAGUGGUACUGUAGUCUGUUCCAUUCUACCCAAUGACUGUGAAACAUGGCUAUUAAAGGUAGAAGACACGAGAAGACUUCAUGUGUUUAACCACCACUGCCUUCGUAACAUAAGCCGUGUUUCAUGGUAUAAGCCUGUGAGUAACACAGAAGUUAGGCGUGGAGUUUUAAGGGGAAGAGGUAAGACAGUGGAUGUGGUUUGAAACGUUAUUGACAGAUGGCUGCCUAGGACAUGUGUUACGUGUGCCUAGCCACCGUCUACCUCGUCCCAAAGUGUUGACCGGAGUAGGUUCAGUCAAGAAAAAAGCUUGGGGUAGCGAGACUAAAAUAUGGCAUUAUUGUAUGACUGUUGGUUUGAGUCAUGUUGGGGGAUACAGACUAGCCGGCUGGAGUCCGCGAGACAAGAGAAACCAUUAGGUGAAGACUCUACGUGAUGAUAUGACUCAGAAUCGAUGUGAGUGGCCCAUGCAUCCGCAUAUUAUCCUCAUCUUAACCUUUAUACUUAAUCACAUCAUCUUUUUCCUCUCUUUUACUUCUUUUGAUCGAUUUUCUUCUGCUUCUCCAUCUUCCACUUUUAUUGCCUUGUUGCUUGAUGUGUUGAUAUGAGAUGUGGCACCUUGGAUCGUUACGCAAUAAUGCGUGGUCCUAUGUUGAUCUUGAUGAUGAUGAAGCUACCUUGUUCAAUCGAAUGUUUGUUCUUUUAUUUAGUUAUAGAAAUCAAGCAGUGACAAAUACUUUUAAAAGUAAUGCAAACUAAAUUGUAAAGGACUGUUCCUCAAGGCUUUUAAUGUUAUUCUAUGUUUUUAACCUCA